GAACAACGUUUGGAUUCUUCGAUGAUCAGUGGAACUGCACAGAAAACUCUAAAGUUCGCCAGUAUGGAGGAUGUUCACUAACACUCUUGCGUAACAGAACAGUAGACAGCGCACUUAUAACAGUACCCUUGAGUAUGGAAGCUGAUGUUCCUUACGUGAUGCAAACUAAUCUUCAAAGAUGCUAUAUUAUUGCAUUCAAAUCAACGUAUUUGCUGUGUAAUGGAUCRUGGAACAUACUAGAUAACGAUUUCGUGAACAGCAGGUUCUUAAUCGUGGAAAGUGAAAAUACGCAAAAUUUUACAAUUCAGUUUAAGAGGACAACAUCGCAUUUGGAGUAUAAUGACGCCAUGAAGGGAAGAAUCCUGAGAAUGACAAUAGGGUGCUACGAUAAGUCGGAUACAAUUAUAUCUGACUGUCUAUUGUUGAAGAUGCAGGGAACAUUGAAAUGUCCUGACUUUUCUCUGCCAGCAUUACCUAAGCCAACAACGUCACCAUGGACGAUCGCACCAACCUCAGAAACAGGCACCAGUAAAAACGAAUUCCAAACACACAGUAUUAGUACAUCCCAGUCAACUACUAUGGUAAGUAAAACUAUCCCUAGUCAAAUCCUUGCAUUAGUUCAUUAUAAAUAAAUGAAUACUUGGAAGA